CUGGCAAUUGCCAAAUAACAAGUAUAAACAUAUAAGAACUAAAUUCAUUUUAGUAGCCAAGUUCUAACCGGUUUAGGAAGAAAAAAAGAACUAUAUAUCUGGACUCUUUGGUAAUUUAAAUCCCCACAGGAACCUACGUUUUUCGUGUCAUACAUGGCCAGAGAAUUUUCUCACGGUGGUUGUGGGUACGCCGAGCAAAAGGCCGCGACGGAGAACCCACCACCUUGUUCUGAACUUUCUACGUUGCCAUUGACUACCCUUGCUGCUACUACAGAAUCCGGCGGCGCAGCGGCGGAGACUGGGACGGAAGAUGUCCUUUAUGGUGAAGACUACGUGGGGGAUUUUAUGUACAAAGAAGAUGAUCUGGAGCAGGACAUGAGGAGGGAAGUAAUAUGUAGGGCUGAAACAAAGAGACAUGCGUCGUUUGCUGAUUGUUUGGAGUUCUUGAAGAUUAUUUGCUGCCUCAAAUUUUAAGAUCUUGAGUUAGAUUUAGAGCGUUAUUUUGGUUUUUUAUUUUUUAUUUUAAAUUUUUAUGUUUUGUUUUUGUAAAUAUUCUUGAUCAAGUUGAAAGUGAAAGUGCAAUAAGAUUAAAGUUUUUAAUUUCCUUGA